GCACUGGGGCCACCCUCGCCCUCAUUGGCCGCCGCCUCGGUGGGCGGGGCUCGACCACAACCGCCCGCGGCCUAAGAUGGCGGCGCUGGGGGCGGAAGCGGAGGUGGCGGUGUGAACGGGGACUCCGUCCCCCGAUGCGGAGGGAGCCGGGGAGAGAGCGGGGGAGGCGGCGGGCGGCCCCCGGGCUCCCGCGAGAUCUCCUCCUCCUCGCCGGCCUGCUCUGCGCCUGCGCCCUGAAGCUCGGUUCUACAGAAGCCCCAGUCAAGGACCUGGAGAAGCCGGCAGCCACAGACGCGCCCCCGUGCUGGCUGGUGGAAGAGUUUGUGGUGGUCGAGCCAUGUGGCGAGUGCACGAGCUUCAAGGCGAAGAUGGUGCCUGAAUGCAGCACAACGGGCUUCGUGGAGAAGAUCAGCUGCACCGCCAGCAAGAAGGAGAGAUUGAAGAGCUGCCGGUCAGCGCACAUGGAGCACCGGGCCUUCUGGCGCUUCGAGGCGGCCGCCCUGGGCCUGGCCGCCGUCUUUGCCGGCCUCGUCCUCUGCCGCCAGCGCCUGCUGGACCGCCGGGCUCUGGAGAAGGUCCGCAAGCAGAUCGAGUCCAUCUGAGGGGGGUGGGCGCUGGCCCCCCGUCCCCCUCCCCCCGACACACGCGCGCCCCCCGCACCCCGUCCCCGCGGAGCCAUUAAAGAGACCAAGCGGUCGCCCGAGCCAGAC